CUGGUGAUUGUGUUACAUAAUAUUUUGUUGUGAUAAAUAAAAAAUAUCAAGAUGUCAGUUCUACGAGCUAUUGCAGUGUUUCUGUGCGGUUUCCUAUCGCUGAGGCUAUGCAGGGCGCAGAUCAUAAUGCCGGGCUCCUGCCCCGAUAUGAAGGCUAUGGACAACUUCGAUGCUACUCGAUAUACGGGGAGAUGGUACGAGGCUGAAAAAUAUUUCUUCCUAUUCGAAUUUGGAGGCAAAUGUGUCACCGCCGACUACACGCUGAGAGAGAACGGAGUCGUCGGAGUUCUAAACAGGCAGAUUAAUAUUCUAUCAGGAACUCAGACUGAGAUCAAAGGCCAGGCAACACAAGUGAGCAAAUCAGACGAGGCCAAGCUGGCCGUAUCCUUCCCAUCUUUACCCGUCAACGUUGAAGCUCCCUACUGGGUCAUCGAGACUGACUACAAAUCAUAUGCUGUUGUAUGGAGCUGCUACGAAUUUGGACUGUUUCAUACAUUGAACGCCUGGAUCCUGACACGAGAAAGGAACCCACCAGUAGAAGUGAUGGAGAAAGCAUAUGCUGUACUGGACAAGAACCACAUCAGCCGAGCGUACCUCAUCAGGACGAACCAGCGUGACUGUACGGAAGACAGCUAAACUUAGAAUGAUGAUACAUACUUAUAGAAAGACUUAUUUAAAAAGAAAUUAACAAUGUUAUACAAUCAGUUGUAUUAGAUCAGUGUAGGUGAAUAACCAAUGUAGUGUAUCGGAAACUGCCUAAUUAUGGGAUAUCAUCAUCAUCAGCCAAGAGACGUCCACUGCUGAACAAAGGCCUCCCCCUUAGUCCUCCACGUAGAACGACAAGCAUUAUGGGAUGUGAUUCCAUAAAAAAAUACCAGAAAAGAGAGACAUGCCUAUUUGCUUUUAGAUUUCUCAAAAAUAUAUUGAUUUAACUGUUGAUUGAUAAUUGUAAAUGGUGUGUCUUGCAUGUAAACCUCCAUAUCAAAUUUUAUCAUAAUAGUUUUAAAAAGAUCUUUUAAAAUAUUGUAUUUAGUAUUAAUAAUUUACUUUAGUGUUAGUACAUUUUCGUUGUACCUAAGUAAGCAUUCAUGCAUUUAUUUAAUCUUAGACAAGUACUAUCGGCAUCCAUUUUCAUGACCCCUUACAAAAUUAUCACAAAACGCUUGUGAAAAUGGAUGCAGCUAAUAAAAAUACAUAAUAUUAUAUUACGUAUUUAAAAACAUUUCUACUAUAGUAUUUAACUUUCAUUGUUUUUAAAUAUUAUUAGUAGUAGAAAUAUUUAUAAUUUAGAUUUAGAUGUUACUUCCAUGAUCCAUUAAAUGCACAAAAUAAUCAUUUGUUAUAAAAUCAAACAACCGCUGACAUGUGUCCAUAUGUACAUGAACUAAAUUAAUAAUAUUCAGUUCUAAUAUCUUUAUAAUAAGGAUCAUUUUAGAUUAAGUAAGUAAAUAAAACAAAAACUACGUCACAACAGAAAUGUAUAAUAUCCAUUAUCUACAACUUAAAUAAAUUAAAGCCUUUACAAAAAUUGCUUACUCUUAUUUGUUAACUAGUUAAAUAAUGCGAUUAAAAUUAAUUAUGUGAUUCUA